AUGGAUGAAAUUCGAUCGUCGAACAAGGACCAUUUUCCAAAAGAGUUCAUUUUCGAGGGGGUCGAAGUAUACGAACGAUACGUGACGCUGCAUCGACGUUUGCUACAACCGGUUGGACUUUGGCCGAGAAAUCCUCGUUGGAGUGACUUGACUUGCUAUAUCUACGAAGCAAAUGCGUUUCUUAAUAUUUCCUGGAUGAUUCUCGUCUCGUCGAGCCAAUUUUUUUCCAUUUGGAACGCUCGAGAUAAUUUCUUCGAAGUAAUGGAGAUCAUCAGCGCCAUGACGACAGCCUUCUUGAUUAUACACAAGGCUUUCACGCUGUUAUUUAAACGUUCGAAGAUACGAGAAGUCGAUAAAGUAAUUCGCGAAUUAUGGAUCGACGGGUGGUGCAAACACGGUUCGCCGGUUCGCCGGCAGAUGGCAAUGGCAGCCGGCAUCACGAAGAACCUGACGCUGAUUUACCUCAGCCUGAUAAUAAUCACUGUCAUAAAUUUUGCCGUUUCACCAAUGAUUUCGUUGUAUACCCAAAGGGCGGCAAAUCUCUCCGAGGAUAAAAUUGUCUACGUUCUUCCCUACCUGGCACAGUUUCCAGGUGUGGACAUGAGCAACCAACUGAAUUACACGAUGUGUUACAUCGCCUCGAGUAUCGUCAGUAUUCCGAUUAUUCUCUACGCCGCUGGAACAGACAUUUUUUACAUAUCAUACAUAACCCAGAUAUCGCUUCAGUUCGAUUUACUGACGCUGGAAAUCGACGAAAUUUUCGACGAAGACAAGAUUAAGAAAUCUCGAUCACAUAGCACAGUCCGAAAAUCGAACAUUCAGAGGUUUGCCUUCAAGAAAUGUGUAGAAAAACACCAGAAACUGAUCAGUGCGGGUCGAAUAAUGGAACAGCUAUUCUCGCAAAUCCUAUUCGGCAUAUGUGUCGUCAGUACUGUCUCGAUGUGUGCAGUCAUGUUUGAAACUGUGGUGGCAAGUCACAAUCAGCAUGGAAACACUACGCAGUUUGCGCUGUACCUAAUUUUCGAAGUAACUGAGGUCUUCAUCUAUUGCUGGUUUGGAAAUACUUUAGUGGACAAGAGUAAGCUGCUAUGUCAGGCGGCUUACUGCACGAAAUGGUACAACGCAGAUGUGAUCUUGCAGAACGAUUUGAUGAUGGUAAUGACUAGAGCUCAACAGCCGAUCUACGUGAGCGCCUGCGGUUUUGUCGUAAUCUCGCUGAAUGUCUGCACAAAGAUAUUGAAUACCGCAGCGUCGUAUUUCACACUUAUUCGCAAGAUGUACUAACACUAAUUAGUACCGUUAAGAAAUCUGUAAAUUGUAAUACAAAAUUGUAGCAUGAAAAUCUGUUCAGUGAUUUUCUAAGCGAUCAAUUUUCAUGGUCUUUUCAAGGAUUAUGAAUUAAUGUUAAGGAAUAGCCAAAAAAUUAAAUUUUCAUUUUGUUGGUCACGUAU